UUGUGUUACUGUCAAGUGCGUGUUCACUAGGAUUCUAAGCAAGGUGCAAUAUAAAGCUCUUUAGGGGGAAGUGCUUACCUGAGCACCAAGGCAAGCCCCCUAGCCCCGAUUGUUGCCUUGCUGCCUAGUGACCCUCUUGACGCCCAUCCUUGGUGUGGGAGAUGACCCGUGACAACGUGCUUUUCAAUAUUUUAGUAUUUAUUAUGCAUAACUAACCUACAUUAGUACUUCCUCUUUACCAUUUUCCAUCCACUUUCUUCUUGUUCAGUCUGAUUCUUCUGUUUUCCAGUCUCCAACAAUGGAUUCCAGUGAAGAACUCUGCAAAAGCUCCAAUCUUUUCGAUACCCCAUCUUCCCAAAUUCAAUCCCUUCUCUCAAACCUAUCGCUAACAGGUGAUUCAACCCCAGAGCAAAAUAUCACAACUUCGUUGAGGCUGGUGACUGAUAUUCCCGGGACCUCUGAUGCAUCCUUUGGCGAAGAGGUUGUUCCGUAUGACAGCCCACAACCAUCACGGGAGAUACAUCGAAUUGUAUUUGUGUUGUUUCAACAAAAGGGAGCGCAGACUGUUUAUUCUCCUGGGUGGCGUCAGAAUUUCAAUACAAGAGACUUUGCUGAAGUCUACGAUCUUACGCCUGUUGCUGCUGUCUAUUUCAAUUGUCAAAGGGAAGGAGAUUUGGGUGGAAGCAGGUUGUAAGAUCCACAUUAUAUUGAGCUCUCAAUGCUUGCAACUCCUUCAUCUUAUAAUUAAUUAGUACUUCAUCCAUCCCAUAAUAAAGUGUUUGUAUUUCUUUAGGAGUGUCCCAAAGUGUUGUCUAAAAGUAAACAUAUAAAGUAUAGUUGGAGACUAUUAUUGUGCCUAUAUAUUAUUAAAUAAUUACUCCCGCUCACUAGUUGGCUGUGAAAGCCAGACGACAAGAAUUUCUUUUUUGUUCCUUUUAGUUUUAUUGGUUUUCUGUGUUUUGUUAUCUUGUAAAAAAAUAAAAAAAAAAUUAAAAAAAAAAAUAAAUUAUGGAAGAUAGGGACAAUUAUAUUUUGUUCAAACCAAAGCUAAUGGAUGAACAACGUUUUUUUGGUACAACACGCUGCACCAUGCGGCAUGUUGCCAAGUCAGCAUAAAUAACGGGAUUAACGCGCGCAUAACGGGAUUUAUAUACACGCGCUUUUCUUUCCCAAAAAAACAACUUGAAACCAAUAAAAAGCUCCAGCACGAAUCCCUAAACCCUAAAAACCUACAAAAUACAUUUUUAUGCGACGAUCAAUUCAAGAAAACAACCACCAAAAUUUCAACUCGAUUAAUUCGACCUAAUAUCGAU